UUAACUUAUUUUUCACUACUUUCAACCAUCGCUAAGUCAGUCAAUGUUUCAGAGCUAUUUGGAUGAGAACUUUGACGCAAAGUCGCUUAGAAUUGCUGAUCUUCGGCGUAUUUUACUUGAACAUGACGUGGAUUAUCCAUCAUCUGCUAAGAAACAGGUUCUUUUAGACUUAUUUUAUGAACAUAUUGUUUCAGGGAAAAAAGGGUAUUUAAAGGGGAAAAAAGACGAAAAUAAGGAUGAAUAUGGUAAAUUGAGCGAUAGUACAAGUGGUAAACAAAAGUCCGGUAAAAAAAGGGUUAAAAAGCAGUUAAAUGAAGCAAAAGAGGGUUCUUCUACGGGUAGAAGUUCUCAUAUGUCUUUACGUAGGUCAAUAAGUGCACAGCCUUUGGAUAUUGAGGAAGAAAAAGAAAAAACAGAGGAAAAGGUAUAUUGAAGAAUAAUGGGGGGUUUUUUGGGCCGUAUUUAAGGGAUAAUAUAGUCUUUAUCAUUGGAUAAAGGGUUUUCUAGAGAAAACUUUUUUCAGAAAUCGUCUCCAUUAUCAGAAACAUAUAAAUUUCGUUCAUCUUUGCAAUGUUCAGUGCCAGAAAGUUGUCAAAAGGAGCCUCAGGAUGUAUCAGAAGUUCCUGAGAAGUUAUCUGUUAUGAGGGUUAAACCGGAGCCUCGUUCGAAGAGUUUGAUUCAACCGUUAAUGAAUUCUAAUUUAGCUCGAUCUAAACCGAAGAAAUUUAUGACAAAUAUUGAGAAUUUAAAGACAUCUCAGCAAUUUUAUCAUAUGACAAUGUAUACGAAACCCGAACAUGAAUUAACUACACAAACAUUUAAAAAUAAUGAAUUUACGCAUGAUGAUAUUUCUUUAAAUAAUAAUGAAAUGAAAAAUAAAGACAAAUUAGAAUUGGAUAAAGAGGUUUUGAAUGUUUUUUAUGGGAAAUCAAAAGCUAAACCUAAACGCAAAAAAAUUUCGUUUAUAAAAUUUCUUGUAGUAUUUAUUUUUGGCACUUCUAUAGCAGCAUUGGUGGGUAUUUGGAGGGAGGAAACGAUUCGUGUGGGUUAUUGCAAUGUUGAAAUUAAAGAAACAUCAAAUACAUAUUCAUUAAUACGAAAAAAAUUUCCAAGGAUUUUUCUUGAUAAUCUUUUUAUAUAUUGCAAACCAUGUCCUGAACAUGCUAUUUGUUAUCCUAAUUUUAAACUUGUAUGUCAAAAGGAUUAUAUUCUUGCUUCGAAUAUAUUGUCUUUUGAUGGAUUAAUUCCUAUUGCGCCAUCAUGUAUACCAGAUACUGAAAAACUAAGAAAGGUUCAUAUUAUUAUUAAUGAGAUCAUUCAGAUGCUUAGAGAUAAAAAUACUAAGUUAGAAUGUGGCACUUCAAAAUUGCUUAAAGGAGAAAAAGAGGGUAUAUCUGAGAACGAUCUUGAGAAAUAUCUUUGGGAAAUGAAAUCUCCUGAUAUAGAUGAUGAACAAUUUCAAGAAUUAUUGUCGGAUGCAUUUAAAGAUAUAUCUACGUAUGAUGAAAUACGUGUAGAAAAUGAUGGAUCAAAGAGAUAUUUUAAAUCAACAUCUUUUGCAAACAUUCCAUUUGGAUGCUCACUUAAAAAAUAUAUCAGACGAAGUCUGGUACGCUAUAGAGUCGAAUUUAUUGGAAUAAUAUGUUCUAUAUUUCUUUUAUUUAAAAUAAAAUCAGCUUUUGUUUUGCAUAGAACCUAUAAAUCAAGAAUUCUAGAAUUGGUUCAUAUUUCUCUUCAAAGAUUAUAUGAGCAACAACGUUUAUAUAUUUUGGAUCCGAAGUCUACAUAUCCAUAUAUUGCUAUUUCACAUUUACGGGAUGAUAUUCUUGUAAAUGAGUUUAAUACUAAUCAACGAAAUAAACUUUGGAAUAAAGUACGGAAAGUGGUUGAAAAUAACUCAAACAUAAGAACACGAUUAGCAGAAAUAAAUGGAGAAUGGAUAAGAGCUUGGGAAUGGAUUGGUACUAUUCAUACAUGAAUGAUGAACUAUAAAAGAAUAUUUAAUCAGGAAUAUGUUGGAUAC